AUGCCCAUGUUCGAACGAACAAUCCCACCACCCAUGUGGUCUUCCUUCCCCACCAGUCGACUAGAUAGUCACCAUCGCGAAUCUGCCCAACCCAACUUCCCUACUUCACUACCCAGUCCCGUUCCAAUCAUGGGAUCUACUCACUCUCAACCCCGGAGUCGCACCGGCUCCUCUCUUAUCAAAUUCUGCCGAGGAGCAUCAUUCAGGAAGAAGCAGUCCUCCACAUGGGAUCCCCCAACCUACGAAGAAUCCCAAUCCCACCCCAAAGUAUCUCCAACCUCUCCAAGACUCUCCACCGAAUCAGACUCGGACUCUCGGUUCUCCUUCCUAAAAGACUUCGACACCAUCUUCCUUGUCGACGACAGUUCUAGCAUGAGUGGCCCCCGCUGGGCGGAGGCCGAAAAAGCUAUUUCAGCCAUCGCCCCAAUCUGCACCCAACACGACGCCGACGGUAUCGAUAUCUACUUCCUCAACCACCGCCGUGCCUCAACAGCCUCCACAACCGGUGUCUACAGCAACAUAACCACAGCCGCCGACGUCCGGGAAAUCUUCCACAGCGUGCGCCCCCGGGGAUCCACCCCCGUCGGCCGACGUCUCCUCCAAAUCCUCCAGCCAUACCUACACCGCGUCCAAGCCAUGCAAGCCGCCCGCACCGCGGAAGGUUACCUCUCCGACCCAUCCCUCUACGUGAAACCGGUGAAUAUCAUCGCCAUCACGGACGGCGAGUUCACCGACGACGCGGAGAGUGUCAUCGUGCAGGUUGCGCGGACGCUGGAUAGUGCGGGAUGUGGAGCGUUGCCGUGGCAGGUGGGGAUUCAAUUCUUCCAGAUUGGCGAGGAUGAGAGGGUAAGGCGGUAUCUGCAGGAGUUGGAUGAUGAUUUGGGCAAGUGGUGUCGGGAUGAGAAGGUUAGGGAUAUUGUUGAUACGGUGCCGUGGAGGGGGAAGAGUGGGGGAGUUUUGGAUGCGGAGGGGAUUUUGAAGUGUGUUUUGGGGGCGGUUAAUAAGAAGUAUGAUCGGAGGAGUGUUUGA